CACUCACUAUACACCAGGUUUUAGUAUGAGCUCCGCAGUUAAAGAGAUGAGAAAAAAGAAUGGAAGAAUGGAUGGAUACUUCUCUCUUGCUUUUUCAGCAUUUCUAAAGGAAGACUGAAGAGAAGGAGAGGAGCUGGAACGUCGUCUCAUACUGGCUUUUAUAAUCUCCUUGUUGCAUGGAUAUUAGAACGUCAUCUGACCUGCUAUCUGACCUUUUUACCAGACAGGGAAUAUACACUGUUAUGUUCAUCACUCAGUCAUAUCUUAUCAGAAGCCACAUAACAUUUGUCAUACAUCCCAUAUUCUAUCACACUUGAAGACAAAAUGGAUUUAUUUUUCCAGCGUCAUUUCCGUCGUCGCCAACAAAGACAGAAGCAUGCUACUGCUGUCCGCCAGCCUGGUCCUGCAGUUCCAACCAGUAAAGCCAGGAGGCGCUCUAGUGUUGGUCUACCCUCUGUAGCAUUGCUGCAAAGCAGACGCUCCUCUGUUGGUUUACCUCCAGUUUGUAAUGAUCAGCGCAGGCGCCCCAGUGUUGGCUUACUGGUGGCCAGCGGACAGAGGCGACAGUCCAUUAUAGAGACAGGAUUAUCAAAGACAAGUGAACAAGUGGUAGACCUUGGAAGAGGAGCUGAUAGAGCAGAUGUAGCCACCAAGAGAGGAGGGAGGACAAUUCCAUAUACAUAUCACCAUGCUCGUCGUCCCUCUGCCACCAUCUCCAGUGUACAUCGAGGUCUGGCGGUGCGAUAUAGAGGCCCUUCCAAAGUAAAAUCCAUUGAACCUCAUUUACUUGGAUCCUCUAUGUUACUUGCGAGCGUAGUCCAGAUGGGCAGAGGAGGGCAAGAGAAGGAAGAAGAAGAAUUAGAUGUCUCUCUAUACUCCUACUCUGAGUCAGAUGGAGAGGAAGGGAGUGAUGAAGAAGUGGAGAACAGAGCUGGUGGAAUCAAAGAUGUGAGGCCUACCUCUCAGAUGCAGUUAACCCAGGCAGUUGUUGUGGAAAACAUUAAAGCCCGUCCCUUGCUCCGCCCUCCUCGCUGUCUGAGACGGAACUCCUCCCACCUCCUCCCGUCAGACUCAGUCUAUCGGAGCAGUGACACAAGUUAUGGAGUUCAUGGCCGAUUUAAUCACAGAAGGUCAAAUCAAGUUCCCUGGACUUUAAAUAAACCCAUCCAGACUUCCACCACCAGCCCCAGUCUGCGUCAGCUGGCUUCAGCAGGUCUGAGCUCUGAUCCUGGGGCUCCAGAAACAGAUGUGCCCUCCUCUGGGUCUACACUCCAUAAAAGCUGUUCUUCACCACUGGCAGGACCAAAGGGAAUGAUAUACUAUGAUCCAUAUCUGGAAUCAUGGGAGAACUUCCUAUCGAAAGCCAUAGCCAAAUCUGGCCUGCACCAUCUGCCCUGUCAGCCCAGCACAUCAUCUCUGACCAGAACAGACCCAGAAGCAAGUAUCCGCAGUACUGUGGACUGGACUGAGUUGGCUCUUUAUGGAGAUCAUAUCUGGUUUGAGACGAAUGUGUCUGGAGACUACUGCUAUGUGGGAGAACAACACUGUAUUGCCAGAGCGCUGCAAAAGUCAGUCAGCCGAAGGAAGUGUGCUGCCUGUAAGAUAGUUGUCCACACCAUCUGUAUAGAACAAUUGGAGAAGUUUCCAAGCUCUAGAGCCAUUGUGUUGGAUGCUGCCCUGCCCCUCAAUGACCCCAGCUUUAGAAUUAAUUUCAGGUGUAAACCAUCUUUCAGGGAAGCAGGCUCUCGGAACAUUCGAGAGCCCAAUGUGGUGCGUCAUCACUGGGUGCACCGGAGACGGCAAGAAGGCAAAUGUAAACAAUGUGGGAAGGGCUUCCAGCAGAAGUUUGCUUUCCACAGUAAGGACAUUGUUGCCAUCAGUUGUUCCUGGUGCAAACAGGCUUACCACAACAAAGUUUCUUGCUUCAUGCUGCAGCAAAUUGAGGAGGCUUGUCCAAUAGGAGCACACGCUGCUCUCAUAGUUCCACCCACAUGGAUCAUUCGAAUUCGGCGUCACCAGUCAUCUAUGAAGUCGAGUAAGAAGAAGAAGAGAACGUCGUUUAAAAGGAAAAGCAGCAAGAAAGGAGCUGAGGAGGGCCGACAGUGGAGGCCAUUUAUAAUCCGACCCAUCCCUUCACCACUGAUGAAACCACUGCUAGUGUUUGUCAACCCUAAGAGUGGAGGAAACCAGGGCACUAAGAUCCUUCAGUCCUUCAUGUGGUAUCUGAACCCUAGACAGGUGUUUGACCUGAGCCAAGGAGGUCCGAAGGAGGGCCUAGAGCUGUAUCGUAAAGUUCAUAAUCUGAGGAUUCUGGCAUGUGGCGGAGAUGGAACUGUGGGCUGGAUUCUGUCUUGUCUUGAUGAAUUAGCUCUAAACCCUCAACCUCCUGUUGCUGUGUUACCACUUGGGACAGGAAAUGACCUAGCCAGGACCCUCAACUGGGGAGGGGGCUAUACAGAUGAACCUCUGUCUAAGAUCCUGUCCCAUGUUGAGGAUGGAACUGUUGUGCAGCUAGACCGAUGGAAUCUACAGGUUGAACCAAACCAGAGCGCAGGGGCUGAAGCAGAUGAACAACAAACUGAUAAGCUUCCUCUAGAUGUGUUCAACAAUUACUUCAGUCUUGGAUUCGACGCUCAUGUGACUCUAGAGUUCCAUGAGUCAAGAGAGGCCAACCCAGAGAAGUUUAACAGUCGUUUUAGGAAUAAGAUGUUCUAUGCUGGGACGGCAUUCUCUGAUUUCCUGAUGGGAAGCUCCAAAGACCUGUCGAAGCACAUCAAAGUGGUGUGUGAUGGGACAGAUUUAACAUCAAAGGUUCAGGACUUGAAGCUGCAGUGUCUGGUCUUCCUCAACAUCCCCAGGUACUGUGCAGGCACUACACCUUGGGGUAACCCCAGUGAACAUCAUGACUUUGAACCUCAGCGCCAUGAUGAUGGAUACAUCGAGGUCAUUGGAUUCACCAUGACAUCACUGGCUACUCUGCAGGUUGGAGGUCAUGGCGAGAGGUUGAACCAGUGUAGAGAAGUAACUCUCACCACUACAAAACCUCUUCCAGUACAGGUGGAUGGUGAACCAUGCAGACUUGCUCCCUCAGUCAUCCACAUCAGCCUCAGAAACCAGGCUAACAUGAUUCAGAAAACUAAACGACGGACGUCACUACCACACCUCAAUGACCAGCAGCCAGUCCCAGAGAGGCUGAGGAUCAGAGUCAGCAGGAUCAGUAUGACGGACUAUGAGGCUCUGCACUAUGACAAGGACAAGCUACGACAAGCAUCCAUUCCUCUGGGACUGAUCGUGGUUCCUGGUGACAGCGACUUGGAAACCUGCAGAGAACACAUCCAGCGUUUGCAGGAGGAGGAAGCAGCCAAGCCAAAGAUUCUUUCCUCGCAGAGACUGUCACCAAAAUGGUGUUUCUUGGACUCUACAACAGCAGAUCGUUUCUACAGGAUAGACCGAGCCCAGGAACAUCUAAACUACGUAUCAGAAAUCUCCCAAGAAGAGAUCUUCAUUCUGGACCCUGAACUGGUUGUUAUGACGACUGUCGGCACCUCACCCACAACAAUGCCUGACCUGGUUAACCCUGCUUCAAGCCUGGUAAACAAUAGGGAAAGCAGCUCAAAUCAGACCUCCAAUGAUGUCUUUGUCUAUCCUAUGGCCUCUUCCUCUCCUUCACCGUCAUCCUCUGCUACCAGUUCCUCCCAGAGGCAGCGAGUGAACAGUGACAGCUGUGCAACUGAAGCUUUAACACACGACACAACACAUGUGGCCAGCAAACUCAGCAGAGCGGGCUGCAUCCAUCGUUCCAACACCACAGCUGCUGAUUUUAAACCCAGAUUGAGACAAGAAAAUAGCCAAAAGACGAGUGAAAAAGAGAAAGAGAGAGAAAAAGAGAUGGUGAUUGAGUGUGUGAAGAACAAGGAUGUGAAGAAGCUGCAAGAGCUGCACCUGAACGGUUCUGACCUCAAAGUGCUGGACCAAUCAGGCUGCAGUUUGCUGCACCAUGCUGUCAGUACAGGAAGCAAGGAGAUGGUCCGCUACAUCCUGGACAAUGCUCCAAGUGACCUGCUUGAUGUCACAGAAAAAAUACAUGGGGAGACGGUUCUUCAUAGAGCUGCAUCUCUAUGCCACAGGACCAUCUGCCAUUAUCUGGUUGAAGCAGGAGCCUCACUGAUGAAAACAGACCUACAGGGUGAUACUCCUAAGAACAGGGCAGAGAAGGCUCAUGAUGCUGAGCUGGCAGCCUAUCUGGAAAACAGACAGCAUUACCAGAUGAUACAGAGAGAGGACCAGGAAACAGCUGUCUGAAACUGUUGAACUAUAUAUGAACAGAAUGUGGAUGAAGAAACUGCUUUUUUCUGGCUGCAGACCAAGUGUGAAGCCGUGCCAAAUCUGAUUGAAAUGUGCAUUUAAUAAUGAUUACAGUAGAGAUUAUAAUGAUGACAGUAAUAACUUUAAGUCAGUGGAUGUUAAUGUUUAUAAGUGUGAAGAGAAAGAGUAAGCUUAUUAGAAGUUCAUUAAGUCAUUCCUUUGCAGUUUGAGUAAUACAAAGUGACAGUGAAAUGAGGAAAAUGGAACACUGGAAGAAAAAGAAAUUAAGUUCUGAUUUUAAGGGCAGUUUCAGAUUUAGUCUUCAAAUGCCAUUCAUAUCAAAUAUAUUCAGAGGACUAUAUAUUUUAAACUAACUGUGACCAUCUACAAUAAACUAGUGAUGAUGAAAUGUGUUAUGGUAUCACUAUCAGUUACUACAUUUAGUCUGCACAUGCUACAUAUUCAGUCCAGUCU